AUGUUUCAGCUUUGGAAACUUGUUCUCUUGUGUGGCCUCCUCACUGGGACUUCAGCAUCUCUUCUUGACAACAAUGUUGUAAGAGAGCUGCAAUCUGCUCUUAGAAAAGAACUUGAGACUGAUGACAGUGCAUUUGAAUCUGUCCUUGAGAAAGUGAAGGCUGAUUUUGAGUUGCUCCAGGAUUUCACAUGUUUGGAGAAAGUAGUUACUGAGAAGAUCCAGGAAGAUGAGAUCUUGCUGGACAAGAACAUUACUGAAAAUCUUCAACUAGUUGUCAGGUGUUUACGGUUGACAAUCAAGAGCAUCACCAUUGGGAAUAUCACAUUCCAAGGGACCCCUGAAGGCAGAGGCAUUGGCCUGAGUAUCCACAUCACCGCUAAGGUCACCCUGACCUUGUGAAUCUGUGUGACCCUCAGCUGUGCCCAUGAUUCCGUGAACUCCUUGAAAGCCUGA